AUGAAUUUUGAAAUGAACUCGAGCCAAACUCUGAUAGUGGAAAUUGUUCCUCUUUGCUAUGAAUUUUUAAACAGUUCCUGUGCAAAAUUCACUUACCCACUUAUUAUCAAAUUGUCACUCUAUGGGUUUUUUGGCUUGGUGGUAAUUUUAACCAUAUUUGGAAACUUUUUUGUCAUCCUAAGCAUUGUUCAUUUUAAACAGCUUCACAUGCCAACAAAUUAUCUUGUCUUGUCUCUGGCUGUAACAGAUCUGCUGUUAGGAGGAUUUGUUAUGCCUCCAAAUGUCAUCCGAACUGUAGAGACUUGCUGGUAUUUGGGAACAAUAUUCUGUAAAAUUCACCUGAGUGUCAAUAUUACAUUGGUUACUUCAUCCAUUAUAAACCUGUGUUUCAUAGCCAUUGAUCGAUAUUAUGCAGUGUGUCAGCCCUUGUUAUAUCAUACCAUAAUUACACCUUUUGUCACAUUGAUUAUGAUUUCCAUUUGCUGGAGUGUUUCAUUCACAGUUGGAUUUGGGAUAAUAUUUCUUGGUCUCAACAGCCUGGGCAUUGAAGAUUUUUCUAACAAGAACAUUGCAUGUGAAGGUGGUUGCGCUUUGUUCCAAAGUCCUGCCUCCAGCACGGCUUCCUCUUUGCUCUCCUUUUAUUUCCCAGGUAUCAUCAUGCUUAGUAUUUAUAUGAAAAUAUUCCGUGUUGCUCAAAAGCAAGCCAAAUCCAUUCAAGAUUUAAAAAAUGAAGCAAAACGGAUAAGCAAAGAAGAGAAAAAAGCAACAAAAACUCUGGCAGUGGUUAUGGGAGUUUUUCUCUCACUUUGGACUCCAUUUUUUUUCUGUAAUAUCAUUGAUCCUUAUAUUGGAUAUUUGAUUCCUCAUGUAUUGUUUGAGGUACUAGCUUGGAUUGGAUUUUUAAAUUCAACAUUGAAUCCAAUGGUGUAUGCCUUUUUCUACAAGUGGUUCAGAAAAGCACUGAGAAUUGUUUUAUCUGGGAAAAUAUUUCAGUCAGGUUCUUCAAGAAUGAAUCUAUUUUUACACUGA